AUGUCAGAAGGUGCUCCAGUAUUUCCUUCUGCCCCGUCAUCAGACGAAUCUCUUAUUUCCCAGCCCAUCAUAAUCCUGACCAUAUCCAUUGCAGUAUAUUUGGUGCUGUUUGUCAUCAUCGUCAUGGUACGCCAGUGCUUACUUCAACGUGGCUUUUGUGCUGAGUGUUUCUUGUGUGGGAAAGAAAAUGAGCCAACCUGUUUGAACUGCUGCGCUAUCCUUUCUGAGUCUUGUCAAUGUAAUAUUCCCACAAUUGAAUCCUGUUUAGAUACAUGCUGUCCAAAGAGGAAGCAAAUGGAUUGUGUGGAUAUCAUUUUGUGUCAAUGCUGUGCUGGGGCUGAUUAUGGUAACAUAUGCAAUUUUGGCAAUUGCAAAUGUGACUGUGGUUGUGACCCCGGCUGUAACCAGAUCAACUGUUUGUGUUUUCAAUUGAAUUUCAUGGAUGAAACGGCUCAGAUGGCUGAAGCAAUAUCAAGCAGACCAAUGAUAACUUGA